CGAUCGUGUUUCGAACAAGUCGCCCACUCCGCCGUCCUAGACGUGCUGCUGCCCCGUCACCCGCCCGUCGACGUCGCCGCCCUCAUCGCUGCGGGCACGCCGACCGAAGUGUCCCGCGUGCCCGUGCGACGCAAUCUGUUCUUUGAUGAAAAUGCAAACAUCCUCGCUGUCCUGAAGACAGCGGCGACCGAGCGCGACCUCCGCGACAUCUUGCCCCAUCUCGAGCUCAUCGUCGCUGCACAUGCCACCGAUGCUGUGCCUCAGGGCAGCGGUGCUGCCGCUUUUGCUUCGGGCAAGCAUGAUCUCAACACCAAAACCGUAAGCGCCGGCAGCUUCAAGGACAUCGUCACCGCCCACGACCAUUCCUACGUGGUCUGGGAGCCAUGCUUGCAUCUGUCGCGACCACCCGCCCGUUUGCAGAGGCCAGCAGUCUACUUUACCGCCAACUUGGUGCUUUCCGACCAGCAGCAGGACAGUCCUAACAAACUGAGUGCGCCCGUUCUGGCAAGUUUCGAGCCCUUGUCUGCGAACGUGCUGGAGCCACUGGACUCGGGCCGAGUGCAGGGAGCGCCGAACGUGUACAUGUCAGCGUCAAAGAUUACAAAAGUUGCUCCGAAGCCCUCGACCCUUUCAGAUGCUGCCAAGUCGAUCAGAGGCGCUACUCGACGAGCCUUUCCACUGUUGCCAGCACUCUUCACCAGAAUCCGCUAUUCCAACUUGCCGGGUGCGGUUGUGGCUAGUCUGCAUCUGGAGCCGUCCCACAUCCUAUCAGGUAGCAUCCGGAUAUUGGAGGCGGAGCUCACGGGCUCCAAUGCUCACAUCGAGGAUCUCACGCGCAUAAAACUGCCGCUCGAAGCCUGCGGCGGGGACGAGACCAUUCUGUUGUACAAAAUCGUCAAUGACAGUGAACAUCCCCGCGGGGGGAGUCAAAUCUCCAUCUCGAUCAGAGCCGAAGUGCUUCUGAAUCAGGGCUCUCAGAUCGUCCUGGAGAUAGACUGGCAAACUGACCUCAGUCACACCUUGCAGAGUCCGCUCUACCAAUGGUCGCGCCCUGCGGCCGUGUCCUCACAUCGCAAGUCACACUCCAUUCUGUCCUUGGGCACACUUUCCGGGGAGCAUGCACCAGCAAGGGCCGAGGUCGCAUCAGGCGGAGUAACGUUCAUUUUCACGAGAAAACCACUCGUGCAGGCCUCGUCCGACUUCAAACUUUUGGUGCAUUGUAACAACCGGUCUUCACGACCCAGGAGAUUCGGCCUGAUGAUUGUGCAAACUCGAAAAUCGUGGCUGAUCAAGCAAUCUGCUCCUGCAGAUGUGGCCGUGUCUGAUGUGGGUGCCCGCGUGUUCUGCACGCCGCCCAUGGAACGUAGCAAGCCUUCCAAUGCCCUCGAUCUCAAUGCUGAUUUGCGUAUUGGGCCACUGCCGCCCGGAGCAUGCUUUGAAGCUCACAUGUCAUUCGUCUUACUCCGACCCGGUGUGCUAGACCUGGGCACCAUUCGAAUCAUCGACCUCGAUACACGGCAGACAGUAGACGUGGAGGAGCUACUGGACAUUGUC